CGUAAAUACCUUGACAGCUAACUUAUGUUCCUAUUCCUAAGAGUUUGCUUGCAUUUGUAUUGUGGUUUGUAUUUUUAAUUUUGCUCAUUAAAAUGAUGAAUCCAAAUGUGUAUCGUUGGUGUGCGGUUCCUCAAUGUACCAAUACAUCUAAAAAAACGCCGAAGAAGCUUUUUAUUCAGGUUCCAAGGAAGGCAAAUAUUAGAAAUGCAUGGUUAACACUUGCAAGGCGAGAUACAUCAAAUACAGGUCUUAAGUCUAUCUUAUAUUUCUGCGAAGACCAUUUUGAUUUACCAAAUGAUAUGGAAAACUAUAUGAGGUACUGUGUGAUGGGUGCAGCUGCACGAAUACGUAUGAAGCCAGGAUGCAUUCCUAACAAGUAUGAGUGUCAAACAGAUAAAAGAAAAUGUACUUCCAACAUUACAAAACGACCAGCUGUUAAAAAACAACGAAUGAUGCUAAAAAAAGAGUGUGAAAAGGAUUUGACAGAGACUACAUCUACAAAAGAGUUAGAAACCAUUGAAACCAAACCAAACAUUUCAUCAGAAAGCUCAGGGACGCUGUCUCUCGCAUCGUCAGCGCCCGCCGGCCACAAGCACUCGCCACAGAGAGCAGAAUACAAUUACGAAUACGACAAUAAAGCUGCCGCGCCGCGAGAGCAGCAAGAGUCUGCCAGUCACUACGACGCUUACAUCCAAGAUGUCCAGACCGCUGCCAGUGGUGGCAACACGGCUAAGAAAGGCUACAGUCAGGGCAGUGGGUUGCGGACGAUAGCUGUGGGGUCAGCUAACCAAGCGAAGACAGCGUUAGGAAACCAACAGGCAGCAGCAUACCAAGCAGCGUACGUCGCCAAGAAUACAUUAGCCCAAUCCGCUGCUCAAUCCAGUGCGACCGCCCAGGCAGCGUUGGCGGGCAAGCAGGUUAUCCUGUCAGGAUUGGAGCAGCAAGUCAGAGACGCUAAAGUUGGUCUACAAGGCGAAGAGAUGCAGUUGCAGCAAGCCAAGAGGGCAGCACAGGCGGCGGCGCAGGCAGCACAACAGGCGAUGCACCAGGUGAACGUAAUCCAAGCAGCUUUGAACGCGGCGCAAGCGACAUCAGAAAACGCAAACGAGGCAGCGUCACAAGCCGCUGGUGAACUCGGUGCUCAGACCGCUAUGGUGGGAGCCGCCAGACAACGGUUGCAGACCCUGCAGGAGCAACUCAAGGGUGUCAGGAUCGACUUCGAAGCCACUCAGGCUGCUGCAAGAAAGGCUCAGGCUGCGGCUCAACAAGCUCAAGCCAACGCAGCUGAGGCAGCGGCGAAGGCAGCAGCUGCUGGUCUGGCAGCAGGCCAACAGAACAAGGACGCCUCCCACGAAGGUAGUAACAGCUACGAGGACUACAAACAGGCCCCCGAACAGAACAGCCAAGAAUACUACCAAACGGAUUUCCAAAACUAGUAACUUAAAUUAGACAUGAAGUAUUCGAAGAUUUUCAUGUCAUUGGUUCUGAAUUGAAAGCUGUUAUGAGUCAUAAUGAUGAUGGUGACUUGUAACCAGCGUUGCAUUUUGAUAUUUCACGUACAUUCAUUUCCUUUUUUUAUAUUUUCACUGCUAUUAAAAUCCUGCAAUUAGUUUGGUAUUUUAAAGAACCAGUGACAUGAAAAUGUUAGAAUGUACUUCCAAAGUGAUUUUUGUAGUUAUUGGAAUAGGAGUACAAUUUUUUUUUGUUUAAAUUAACUUUUGGUUUAACUAACUGUUAUAGCCAAUUGAAAACGUGCUUUUGUUAUCAAGUGUCAUCAAUUAGAGCAGUUAUUUUCUGUUCCAAUAGCUGCAACAUUUGUAAAUAUACAGUUUAAAGUUAGGUGAUUUAUGCCUUAGGGUAACAUUUGUGAUAUUUUUUUUACAUCUUUCUUACUUUCUUACCUUAAAUGCAAUAUUUAUUGAGGCUAUAAUUUUUGUAUACUUUCAGUAUUGUAUUUU